AGAGCUGCUGCGCUUGGUGUAGUUUCAGCCGCCGAUGCACUGCCGGAAGAUGUGGCAGAUGUCGAGCAGGAUGAAGAGUCCGCGCCCUCUGAAGAUGACAGUCGAAAUUUGAGCGCCGAGGAGGGGGAGACGGGUCAUCUCGACGGAGCUGCUGCCCCGGCGGGCCCGAUGAUCAACGCUGCGGCGCGGCGAGAACAGUUGCAAGCCCUGGCCGACUCGGAGCGCAAGGCCGUCGCAGCUGCGCGCGCGAAGUUAGACGACGUUGAUGUGGAAGCGGAAGACCUCGACCGGACGAUUCUUCAGGCCGCACACGCGGAGAAAAGGCGAAUGGUGAGGGUAUUCGGAGACACAGAGCCUCGCACCCCCGUUGUUGACCAGGCCCUGGACACACGGUGCAUCUUCUUCUUGAGUCUGUACCACGGGAAACGACUGGCGACCAGGCACCCCCUCGACGAUUUCUGGACUGUUGCCCUGAAAAACGACGUUGCGCGAAUAUGCAUGCCGCAGGCCGGAGGCCCAAUGUUUCAACAUCUCGCACGACCAGCACACGAAGCCAGCGAGCCCGGACAAACUUUGUUGAAGCGUCAGCAGUCGCCCGCAGUGCAAGAACUACAUGCCGCAACCGCUGCCAGAAGCACAGCAUUCGACUCCAAUCAGGAAGCUGCUGCUGCCCGAGCUGUUGUAGCGCAGUAUUUUGA